CAAAAGAAAAUAUACUUUCUCGAGUCUGUUUAAUAACGCAUACAAGUACGCAUGCUUGUAUCCAUACAUAUCAUAUUCAAAUCCAUGGAUCGGUUAUACGGCUUUAGCUACGGUCGCAUAACAUUUCACUGUAUACAUAGAUUUAAUUUGCUAACACGGUUCUAAGGAUUCGAAGAUGACAAACAAUGCAACUAUGGUACGAGAUUAAUAAUGGCGAAAUGUUAAUCGAUAAGUUUAAUAAGUGUGGAGGUAUGCACGUGCGCGUGUAGCGUGUGCGAAAGCCACAGCUACACAUGAGAAUACAACGUGGCUCCACCGCACGGUUAAGAUCCUUCUACGGGGCCCUUCUACGAGGGAAAACGAUGCAUUCCUUCUCGAACAAAUUUUCUCCGCGUCCAGCGCAAAGGCCAACAAUGGAGUUUGCGGGAGCCUGUCAGCGCGUGAGACUUCGCGAUUUUGUUUAGAGCAGAUUGUUUAUCGAGGCCGUUUACCGACACACCGACACGGCUGGUCCUCGUCGCUACCGAUCGGACAAUCGUAAACCGGGAGACAGUGAGAUCGCGAGCCAAUUAUCGCUUACGUGUGCGAGAAUGCAGGUCGUCCUCGUGUAGCGACAAUCGAGGAGCGAUUACGUGGAUAUCAUAAUGAUGAGGUGACACUGGUUCUGCCAUGCGGAACAGGUCAGUCAGCAUUAUUUUUGGCUCUCUUGUCCUAUGGGGUUUGAUUACAUACUUUCUAAUCUCUGAUCAGCCAGUGAACAAGGAAAGAGAUACAGCUAGAGUAUCCAAUCAAAUUAGUAAAUUGGAAAAGAGAGUGAAACAAGAGAUUGCACUGAAUCAGGAGCUUCUCCAGGACAUAAAAGAAGACAAGCAACGUAAGAAGAAGCUAAAUGUGAUAAACGCACAUACGGAUGCCAAUGAGAAACAAAAGGACAAAAAUGAUAUUGCCCAGGACAAGGUUUUACAUGAAAAAGAAAAGAUAGACGCCGAGAACAAUGACAAGAAUAAGCAAAAUUUGCAAGAAAAAUUGAUUCACUCGAGCAAAAUUCCUUAUAAUGUUCCUAACAAUGGAAAACUACCAGAUGGAUCUCCAAUAAUAGCAGUCUUAGUGUUUUCUUGCAAUCGUAUCACAGUACAAAGAUGUCUCGAUCAACUGAUCAAAUACAGACCCAGCAUAAAACAGUUUCCAAUUAUUGUUUCUGAAGAUUGUCAACAUCAUCAGACUGCCGAAGUUAUUGCCAGAUACGGAGAUCAAAUAAUGCAUAUACAGCAACCUGAUCAGUCAGAUAUCGAAGUACCACCGAAAGAGAAGAAGUUCAAAGGGUACUUUAAAAUUGCACGUCACUAUGGAUGGGCUCUCAAUCAUGUAUUCUUUCAACUUCGGUACAAUACUGUGAUAAUAGUGGAAGAUGAUUUGGAUAUAGCCCCAGACUUUUUUGAAUACUUCCUGGGCACAUAUCCCUUGUUAGUAUCCGAUAAUUCUCUGUGGUGUGUGUCGGCAUGGAAUGACAAUGGAAAAGCUGGUUUAGUCGAUGACAAUGCAGCCGAUGCGUUAUACAGGACCGACUUUUUUCCUGGUCUGGGUUGGAUGCUGACUCGUCAAUUGUGGACUGAACUGUCACCGAAAUGGCCCAAAUCAUACUGGGACGACUGGAUAAGACAACCCGAACAACGUCGCAACAGAGCAUGUAUUCGACCGGAAAUAUCCAGGACAAGAACAUUCGGUAAAACUGGUGUGAGCAAUGGAAUGUUCUAUGAGAGACAUUUAAAAUAUAUCAAGCUGAACACCGAAUACGUGCAUUUUACGAAGAUGAAUUUGACUUAUUUGUUGAAGGACAACUAUGAUAUAAAUUUUGUGAAUGAGGUGUAUCAAUCGACAGUGGUCAGUUUCUUGGAAUUAAAAAACGGAAAAGUAGUUGCGCCUGGUGCAGUGCGAAUACCUUAUUAUAGUCGUCAAGCGUAUAAAAUCACUGCCAAGCAGUUUGGAUUGAUGGACGAUUUUAGGAGUGGUGUGCCCAGAACAGGAUACCGGGGAGUAGUCACAUUUUUCUACAAGGGCAGGAGAGUACAUUUAGCACCCAGUCCGAAUUGGAAUGGUUACGACAUUACCUGGAGCUAACAGAGAAUCCGGCGCAACAGAGGGAUUUGUUAGAUCAUACGAGUUCAUUGCUUCCAUGACACGUUCGUCGAGAACCGAGAGUGAAUAUUUUCAUUGAACAAACACUCCCCCACGAACGUUCGUCUGCUUGUAAUUUUUCUUGUAGAAAACUUGUGAGCGAAAAAUUGAACCACAUACUGUUAAGUGAUAUGUGAGAGAUUUGCAUAGUGCCUCACUGUUUGUACUUGCAGUGCUAUGCAGAAGUGAGGUCUCCGGGUUAGCAGGCUAAUUGCUCGUUUUUGUACCCUGGAACAUUGUACUCGCAUAGCACUGUGUAUUAAGAUGUAAAAGGACUGAUAAAAGAGACUUUCAAUUAUUCGAGCAACCGGACAAGUAACGACGCUAUUCUGCAUUUCUAGUUAUUAUUUUCUUCCACUCUGAUUAACGUAUCUCUUCCAAAAACACGUUCAAAGACUGUUCUCCAAACUUAUUUCUGCUAAGAUGUAUGGCGUGAAGUUACUUUGAAACAAACGGUGAUAUAUGUGUAACACGGUUGCACGAAUAAUUUAGACUCUACCAUUAUGUACAUAAUGUUUAUAUUGUAUAUCACACGUGCAUAGUUUGUCAGCAAACAAUUUUUGGACUAAUUUUAUUCUCUGACCUACAUGGAGGAAGAUAGUCGCGUUAGUCCAGAAAUGAUGUUUCCGAUUGACUGUGUAUUUCGUGUGUGUUGCUCACGGGUAAUUACCGAAAACAAAAACAAACUCAAAGGUGCAAAUCUGCUGAAUUUAGAAAUGGUUAUUACCACGAAUUAUUGUUUCGAUUCGUACGGCAAGGCAAAGAAGAAUGCCGAUCAAUGUCGUCUUGUGCUUUCUUUGCCAUACAACGGUGAAGGAAUGUUCUAUUAAUAAAGAACAUGCGAAAGUGCUGGUAUUAACGAUACGAUUCAUUUGCGAGCGAUCGAGAAUUCCCAAAAUUUAAUGUUUCAAGUAAACACAUGCAUACACACCUAUAUCUUCCCUGAAAGAAUUCUUAUUUGUAGAUCAUUGUCCAACCACCUGUGAACAAUACUUUUUUCAUAAAUACAAUCUUUCAUCUUGCGACCAGUAAA